AUUAGUUCAUAUAUACUCGGGUGGGCCUAUUCGAAUGUAAAACUGUAACCGUUAGCAAUGAAGCUUAGCAACUGUUAUAAAUGCACACUAGAGACAGCGAAAUGGGUGUUAUGGCUUCUCUAUGACUAGGAAUGAGUCCACUGAGCUCCGGAGUUAAAACAGGAGCCAGCAUGAGAUAUAUGAGUUGGUUUUUAUGUAUGGUGUAUGCGUGUACAAUUUAUGCUCAGGACAGUUGGGCUCUACAUUUGAACUGCACUGCUGAACUAAUCAAGAUUGCUAAGAAGCAUGGUUUCCGUUAUUUGGAAAGGGAUCCGCUGGCAAGCUAUGACAUGAAAGAUAAUGUUCCCAACACAGACACUAAAUACUCUCUGAUCAGAACCAAAAGGCGUGGAACUCGAUGUGCCAGCGUGGUGGUUGCAAACAAUGGGCUGUGUGCGGCAGGUCUUCAAAUGUACGAUUGGCGGAUCAAUGGUGUUGGUAGACCCGUCAGCCAUUACUAUGGAUAUGGGCUGCUGGAUGCAGGGAAACUGGGCGACUUGGCCAGUAAAUGGAAAGCAGUCAAACCGCAAAAGAAGUCUUGUUACGGCAACAGGAGCUGGAUUCGGUCUUUGGAGCACAUCCAGGCUGAUCUCACACUGACCUGUAGCGGGCGAGAUCUCUCCAUCACCCUCGUUAGUCCAAAGACCAUCUCUAGUUUACUCAGAAAAAGGCCUUACGAUGAAACCUCUGCCGGAUUGUCAGACUGGGCCUUUAUGAGUACACACUGCUGGGGUGAGGGUCCCUCUGGGUUUUGGGUUAUACAGAUGGAAAACAACGGAGAUUCAACUGACCGAGGAACCCUGUUUAAAUUGAAACUGGAGUUGCGUGGGACUGAUGAACGCAUGUCUCGUCGCCGCAUGCAGAGGUCGGCAGCGCAGCAGUGUGCAGUGAGGAUGUCCGACGGCAGCUGUGAAUGUUGUGUCCACCCCCUGUAUGUAUUUGGGAGCAUCUGCCUGACGUCUUGUCCACCUCGCUACUACGAGUCAGAUGGAGACGGCACUCGUUUUCAUCGGCGGUGCCUGCCCUGCCAUCGCAGCUGUCACACUUGUUCCGGCAAACAGGAAACCGACUGUCUGGACUGCCCUCCGUAUUCCACCUUGGAUUCCAGUCUCAGCACCUGCAGUCCCCUGGUGCACCCCUGGGACCACAGAGUGACAGUCGGCAUGGACCGGACGGCUGUGGUUCUGUGUGUCCUGGUGGGGGGGCCCUUGGUGGUUUUGUUCGCCUUCUGGGCGAUGGUAUGGAUGGUGAGCAUGGUGCUUUCGCUAUGUGUUUCUGCCAGAAACCACACAGCCGGCAGCCCCGGUCGAGGCAACGAUCAGGAGGCUGGGGAUGUCGAGAUGUUCGUCUUCGAUGUGACAGAACGUCCAGCAGAGAACGCCGUGAUAACAUCUGCAUCCACCGACAUUCCCAAUACUUGAAAAGUAAGGUGACAUCCAAUAUUGCCUACUUUGAUGCUGACAAACAAAAACAGAAGAAAGCACUUUGCAAAUGGCUUUUAUUGUUACAAACGUUUGAACAGAAUAUACAUUUCUUUUUUGGA